UGAGUAGAUCUUAAAUUACCGUAAUAAGCUACAAUAUUAGAAGUAAAUCAGGCAUCUGACUCUACAAACGGAAAAAAUUCACGCAGAAACACGCAUUCAUCAGAAUACAAGAGAUGGGUCUCUUGUUAUCCGUACUAAUUGGCUGCGUUGGCGUGCUGGAAUUACUAACGUGUCUGAGACAUGCUACUAAUGGCAUCCCAUUGGUCACUGAACAUUCGGCUCCUUGCCUUUUCUAUCAUAAUUGUGAUUCUGGAAACUUGAUAUCUCAUGACUAUAUGUGCAGCUAUAGCCAUUCUUCGCAUACGAACUUUCCGACAAACGUUAAACACAAAUUGGAGAAUCUUCAUGAGUAUAGUCUAAGAGUCCGAAAAGAUAUUAGUUCCUUAGGUGAACGCUAUGAAGGAACAUUGUCAGAUUCCAGCACCAAAGGUAUUCUCGGUGUUUCUAGACCUGAUUCCAAACUUAGCGAUGACUUUGAAUAUGAUAUAUCAGGAUAUGUUGAAGGCGAAGAAACUUCGGAUUCUGAAACUGAAUUUGGUUUUAGGAUUUGGCAUGCGCUUUUGCUUACUUCAGAGAUCAGUUCAAAUGCCAGUGGUUCUGAAAAUCAAAAUGUAACAAAAUCUAAUGAAAUUAAUAUAUUUAAUAGAACUGAUGGAGUUUUUCAGAAUAAGGAUGAAAAGAUAAUUUCAAAAUGUGUUUUGAGGCAUCAAAGUAUUACGAUAAAAGCAAAAAAGCAUCGAAAUAAAGAAAGGAAAAAACCUGACGAGUCAAUGCAGACUACGAAAGACUUACUUGCGGAGAAAUAUUUAACCACGACUAAAAAGUUAAGUACAGAGAAAAAAAAUGUCAUAUCCGUACAACUGCAAGCUUAUUUGGAGGAAAACCUUCCCAACGUUAAUACUUCGCAUGGAUCGAAAGAUUCGUCUUUGUCCGUUCAAAACGAAAGACCAAUACUUAUAAUAUCAAGCUCCAAAUUCAAUGAUAUAAUAGUACCAAUUCAAAACAUUGACAAUAUAUUAUAUAAGAAGCAGCUUCAUAGCAUUUUAUUAAAGCUUGAAGAAACCAGUCAUGUGAACAGUGCCCCCAGUGAAAUAAGUCAAUUUUUUGAUUUUAAAAAUUGCAAUAAAAAAACGAUAAAUAAGGAUAUGAAUAAGAGCAAAAGUAUUUGUCUCAAUUUAAGUUUAAAUGAUAAUAGUGGCCAAUUAUUUGAUGAUUAUGUGGACUUAGAAGACGAAGAAAUUAUGAUCUUGGAAUGUCAAGUGAACGCACCAAUAAAAUACGCUGUUCCACAUACAGGAAAAAGCCAUGCUUUUUGGUUGAUUUUCAGUGACGAAUAUACCAAAGCGAUGAACAAGGAUUGGCACAGCGGCCACUUCUGCUGCUGGCAAUGUGAUGAAUCACUUACAGGUCAGCGAUAUGUUCUGAGGGAUGAGCAUCCUUACUGCAUUAAAUGCUACGAAAGCGUCUUCGCUAAUGGAUGUGAAGAAUGCAAUAAAAUCAUUGGAAUUGAUUCAAAGGAUCUUUCUUAUAAGGACAAGCACUGGCAUGAGGCUUGCUUCCUUUGUAAUAAGUGCAGAGUCUCAUUGGUUGACAAACAAUUCGGAAGCAAGGUAGAUAAAAUCUAUUGUGGUAACUGCUACGAUGCACAGUUUGCCAGUCGCUGUGAUGGCUGUGGCGAAAUCUUCCGUGCUGGCACCAAGAAGAUGGAAUACAAGACUCGACAGUGGCAUGAAAAAUGUUUCUGUUGCGUCGUGUGUAAGAAUCCGAUCGGUACGAAGAGUUUUAUCCCACGUGAACAGGAAAUUUACUGUGCUGGAUGUUAUGAGGACAAAUUUGCAACUCGAUGCGUUAAAUGCAACAAGAUUAUUACUGCUGGUGGUGUUACGUACAAGAAUGAACCCUGGCAUAGAGAUUGCUUCACUUGUAGCCACUGCAACAAUUCUUUAGCUGGACAAAGAUUUACAUCCCGAGAUGAAAAACCCUAUUGUGCUGAAUGUUUUGGUGAACUAUUUGCUAAGAGGUGCACAGCAUGCAGUAAACCUAUAACAGGAAUUGGUGGUACGCGUUUCAUCUCCUUUGAAGACAGGCAUUGGCACAACGAUUGUUUCAUUUGUGCUGGGUGUAACACUUCCUUGGUUGGCCGCGGUUUCAUCACAGAUGCAGAUGAUAUUAUCUGUCCAGAAUGCGCCAAACAAAAAUUAAUGUAAAUCAAUUACUUUAAAUGGGGCGUGAAAACACAAGAUGGUUGACGACAUUUUUGAAAAAGAAAAACGUAAAGUAAUGUUCUGGAGUUAAUUUAGCUAUAGUAAAUUAUAUUUUGAACAAUUUUUACAAAUAUUAUCUGUAUGAAAUGCACGUUAUUGACGACCUAUUGCAUUAUUAACACUAUUGUAAAAGUAUAUGCUCGCAUAAUAAAAAUCGUUACUUAAAUCUUCACAAAUAUCGGGUUUAUGAGAAAAGUGAGAAAAAAAUUAUUUUUAAAGGCUUGUUUUCGCUUACAUAGAUAAGAAGAGAUUAAAUAAACUUGCGUUAAAAUUUUCUGUAACAUUAUAUGUAGAAUAACAGAACAAUGUAAAGAAAGAUGGCGUUAAAUUAUAUUACUUAAUUGUACUAGGAAAAAAA